AUGUGCAAUGGUGCAUUAAUUGACAAAAGUGCUAAUGAGGCUUGGACUUUCUUAACCGAAGUCGCUGAAAAGACUCAGCAGUGGGAGUCCAUUCGUGAACCUAACAAGACCACCCCUGUAGUUAAUAUCCAUAGAAUUGAGUUUGACUUUGAGAGAAAUGCAAAGAUUGCAUCCUUGGCUAGGAGAAUAGAAGCGAUAGAGCUGCAGCAGAAUGCAAGCACGUCAGUUUGCAAUGAGUCAUCGUAUAAUCAAGUGAAUGAUGUCACCACUCUUCGUAUUGAAAAAGAAUCUGAGCAAGAUAGUGACUCUAAGAAUUCUACUGAUGUUAAUGUUCCUAUGCCAUGUUGUGUACCUGUUGCUCCAUUCCCACAAAGGUUGGUGCAUCAAAAAGGGGGUAACCAGUACAACGAUAUAUUGGAAAUGUUAAAACGAGUAAACAUAAACAUUUCAUUUCUCGAAGAAAUCAGGCGGAUACCCACCUAUGCUAAGUUUUUGAAAGACCUUUGCACACAAAAGAGAAAGCUCCAUGUGCACACACGUGCUUUCCUCACUGAGCAGGUAAGGUUCAUAAUUCAAAACAAGAUUCCAACUAAGUUUAGGGACCCAGGCUGUCCAACAAUCUCAUGCACCAUAGGUGACCAUGAGGUCGAAAAGGCUUUACUAGACUUAGGAACAAGCGUGAAUCUGUUGCCAUACUCUGUGUAUGUGCAAUUAGGACUUGGGGAGCUGAAAUCCACCCCUGUUACGCUACAAUUAGCGGACAGAUCUGUCAGAAUCCCUCGUGGUAUUGUUGAAGAUGUGUUAAUCAAUGUUGAUAAAUUUUUCUUUCCUAUGGACUUCAUUGUGUUAGAUACUCAACCUGUGCAAAACCCAGAUAAUCACAUUCUUGUCAUUUUAGGACAACUGAAUGUUUUUAACAUUAGUCAACAUCCCAUAGAUUGUGAUGAUAAUGAAUUGCAUGAGAUUAACAUGAUUGAGAGUCUGAUUCAAGACUCAUUGCCUGAUAUCUUAUCUGUGGACCCUUUGCAAGCAUGUCUAGAUAACUUUGACUUAGAUAUUUUUGAUUCUGAGUAUAUUAGUGAAGUAUAG